GCCCGGCUCAGAUGGCCAGCAGUAACCGUCCCGUGAGGUUUGUAACGGCUCAGCGAGACAUUGGAACGCUCAAGUAUUCAGUGUCCGGGCGGCUAACGCAGCAGGAACGGCAACGGAACGACAGGCCGCCAAUGGAGCCAGGGACCUCGCCUGGAAUCCCGAACGGUGCGGGGUUCCCCAAACCGGCCGGUAUACGGGAGGAGACCCCGGGGGAAGAGGCGGAGGGCGGAGAGCGGAGCUCCGUCAUGUUGAAGCGGAGAGGAGGGGACGAAGACUCCGCGGAGGAGGUGAGAGCGACAUGUGAAGACGAAGCCGAGGACCCGGGUGGGACCAGAGGGGAAGAGGAUGCCGGCAAACACGAGGACGAGUUGGACCCAAGGAUUCAGGAGGAGCUGGAGCAGCUCAACCAGGCCAGCGACGAGAUCAACCAGCUGGAGCUGCAGCUGGAUGAUGCCAGGUCCAGUUACAGGAGGAUCCUUACCGACUCAGCUCGGAAGCUCAACGCGCAGGGCUCCCAGCUCGGUGCAUGCAUUGAGAAAGCAAGGCCCUACUAUGAAGCCCGCAGACUGGCCAAAGAGGCUCAACAGGAGACCCAGAAGGCAGCUCUGAGAUAUGAGAGGGCCGUGUCCAUGCACACUGCUGCUAGAGAGAUGGUGUAUGUGGCAGAGCAGGGCCUCUUGGCUGACAGGAACACCAUGGACCCAACCUGGCAGGAGAUGCUUAAUCACGCCACCGCCAAGGUGAACGAGGCAGAGGAGGAACGCCUCCGCAGUGAGCGGGAGCACCAGCGGGUCACACAGCUCUGCCAGGAUGCCGAGGCUCGAGUCCAGACCCUCCAGAAAGCCCUGAAGAAGGUCAUCCUCAAAUCCAAGUCGUACUUUGAACUCAAGGCUCAAUUCAAUCACAUUCUGGAGGAACAUAAGGCUAGAGUAGUACAGCUGGAGGAGCGAGUGGCAAAGGUAAAAACACGUUACUCUGUGGCCUUGCGGAACCUGGAGCAGAUCAGCGAGCAGAUCCACACACAGAGGGGCCGAAAAAGGGCCAGCAGGGGACGUCCUGCAGUCUGCGGGGGGCGAAGCUCCCCUGUAGGUGCUGAGGCUGAGGUCAGAGCCACCGUUGGCAUUCACAUCGGGAGUAGCUGUGCAGGAGUCAGCGGAGUAGAGAGCAACUGGGCGGACGGAGAGAAAACCAGGCUGUGGGUGGAGAGACACAGAGAGAGUGGCUGGGGCCAGAGGGAGCGGCUGGAGGCGGAGCAAGCCUCCUCAGACUGCAUGUCAGUCAUCAGCCUGCAGACCAUCGCCUCUGACCUGGAAAAGUGUGACUCGGUGGAACACCUGGGAGACAUGAGCGAUGCUGGGAGUGUUCUGGGGGAGGAGUGGGGCCGCGGCAGGAAGCCUAACCAGGAGCCAGUCAGCAGGGAGGAAAUGACCAAGGGGCCCCAACAGGAGAAGGGAGGGGUUACUCAAGAAAAGCAGGAGAGCUUCAUCAAGCAGCACCACAGAAGUGUUAGUCUAUGAUAGUCAUCAGGAGGAGGAAGCUAGUGAGUGAUGAGGAGUGAUGAUCAUGGUGAUGGCUUAAGAUGAAGGAUCAGAGAGGACAUUAGAGGGGAGAAAAAAACACUGUGUACUCUGACUGUACGCUGGUAGACGAGCUGGCAGGGACCUCACAGUGAUUGAGCCAUCGCUGCCCAGACACUAGUUUCUUUAUUCUUAUUUUGCUGUGUUCGGGACAUUUUUUGGUGCCGGCAAAGAACACUUGGAGUGCACCUGGGGCUGUUAUCCCCAACCAAUAAGAAGGGUGUGACGUUCUCAUUCCUAGGUCAAACACCGCCACACCCCUCGGAGUACCAAGGCUCAAGCUCUGUGUCAUUUUAAGCGUAAAAGCGGUGGCUUCCCCCGUCAGUCUCUCUGCUGUGUGCUACUAUAUUGGACCAGAAACCGAAACCGAGCGGAGACACAGACAGGCACAGAGAGAGUAGACAGGCCACAGCAGGAAGAAAUGUGCUUUGGGCUGCAUACAUUUCCAAUCCGGCUUGUGAGGGUGUCUAUUUGUGCUUUACCGAAAACCAGAUUUUAUUGUCAUAUUAUAUAUACACAUAUAUGAAAUGUGUCCUCUGCCCAACUGGGGGUUCAGUGUCUUGCUCAAGGAAACUUCGACAUGCAACUCUGGGGAGAGCGGGGAUUGAACCAGGUACCUUGUGCAUACGACGGCCACUCGUCCCCAUGAGCUACAGCCGUGAUUGUGAAAUAAUCACAAACUAAUGGCCAAAUCCUACUUUUCCAUUGCCUUCUAAAUUGUAGCCAUAUGGCUUAAUAUUUAUAUAGUGGUAUGUAAAUAUUUGAUGGCGGUAUUGUUGGGAUACAGAUAUAAACGUGGGAGUCACAAAAGGAACUUUACUGGCGGGCUAUUGUUUGGCCUUAAAAAUCCCAUUUAUAUCCCAUGUUAUGCCAAGGGAAUUAGCCAAAUGUUUGAUAAGUAUUGUAUUUAAAGUGCUUAUGAGUCCUAAAAUGGUUUGGUUCGCCAGAAAUGAUCCGACUAAUAAUCCUAAUAAACUCCAAGAGGUGGAUGCUAUAUAUUUACAGAUACAUAAAAUGAUUUGAUGGAGUGACUAAUGAAAUGAAACUAGUAUUAGUAAACAGAUGAAGAGACUUUAUCAUAUAUAUUUUUUAAAUGUUUGAGGUAGAUUCAAGCUGUAUGAGUUAAAAGGCACUAAAGAGAAAUAAUUGCUUGUUGAGUGUUCAUUGUCCUCAGGUUAGUCUCAUGUUUAUUCAGUGUUUCUACCUUAAGAUUGAUAACAAUAUCCUUUCUGAAGUUUACCGUCACGUCUCUCCUCCUAAAACCACAAGUUGUUUUUCAUUCCUGUUUAUGUAUGGAUUAAACCAUGAUGUUGACCUAUUUAAAAGGGCCAGUGUGUACGAUCUUCAGAAACAUGGUGGUGCAACAUGGCGUACCCUAUGAAGAUAUGAGAGUUCAUUCUAAGUUAAGGAAAAUACAAGGUGACUAUACACUAAUGAAAAUAUUGUCUUGAAUAUUGAAUUUCAUUUUAGAUAAAAGAUCCCCCUAAAUCUACUCAGUGGCCCCUUUAUUCUGUACAAAUGUAAACGUCACUGCAGGGUUUGAAUUCUCCAUUAGAACAGAGGUGGAACUGACGGGCGCUCUGACUUUCACUAAAGGUCCAAUAUCAACCAUGUUAUACCCGUCUAAUAAUAAUCUGAUAUAAUUUAUGCUGUGAAAUUUGAUAAAUAGUUGUAAUGUCAUAUUUUUUGUACCUUAUUUUAAAAUGUGUUUCUCUUAUUUGACGUCACACAUUUACAUUUGCUACUACAUGCAGAGGCAAAGCUGAAACAGAAGGACUUGAACUUGUGAUUCAAACAGUAUUGUGUGUAUACUUUGUUUUGCAAAACCGUGCUGUGAUGACUUUUUAAAGUGGGUUUGCACAAUGCUGCACUUGAUUACUUUGUAUUAAGCAUAUUUAAUAAAUUAAUUCUAAAACCUGGUCAACAACUUUGCAGGAGAAAACGUAUUCACUGUGCAGAGUGAAUGUACAAUGUUGAGAAUAACUGAUGUAUAAUGCUGCUGAGCGUCAGCCAUGUACCUUAUGUAACAUACAAAUGUUAUUUUAUGGAACUUCAUUAUUAAAAAGUUCAGUAUA